AUGCAUACGCUCGACAUUCACUCUGCUACUACAGAAGAGAUUCUUUCUCUUGAAAACAUCCGUGCCGUUCUCAUUCGACUCGAAGAGACCAUCAUCUAUCAACUCAUCGAACGCGCGCAAUUCGCACGCAAUGCGAAAUGCUACCUCCCCGAUGGGUUUCCAGAAUUGAAGGAGAGAGAAGGUUGGAAUAGCUCUUGGCUUGCUUGGUUUUUGAAGGAGACGGAAAGUACACAUGCAAAAGUGCGCCGUUUUGAAGCCCCGGACGAGUACCCAUUCACAGACCCAAAGCUGUUGCCCAAGCCAAUCUUGGCACCGGUGACAUACCCAGAGCUGCUGUGGAAGCAUUCGGUCAAUGUCAAUGAUCAGAUUCUCAAGUUUUACGUCGACCAAAUCAUUCCAGACAUUACAAAGACACUUGGUGAGAACGCGGAUGACGGACACUACGGCUCCUCAGCCAUUCGAGACAUGGAAGUCCUUUCAGCUCUCAGUCGUCGAAUUCAUUUCGGAAUGUUCGUCUCCGAGUCCAAAUUUCGCGCCGAACCAGCGGCAUUCAUCCCACACAUCCUCAACCCUAAUCGAGAAGCACUUGCUGGACUCAUCACAAAACCUGCUGUUGAAGCUGCCCUUCUGGUACGGCUCGCAGAGAAAGCGAAAGUGUAUGGUCAAGAUAUGGAUCGACCAGGUGCGAAUGUGGAGGAGAGGGAAAAAGAACGAAAGAUUGAGGUGGACACGGUGGUGCGCAUCUACAAGACAUUCGUUAUUCCGCUGACGAAGGAGGUCGAGGUGGAUUACCUUUUGACCAGGUUGGAUGGCGUACCGCAGGAGAAGAUCGAUGAGAUGAUCAAGAGUGAUAAGUUUGUAAACUAG